AUGUUUGCGAGUGCUCAUGAUCUCAAUACAUCAUGCUUUCCCACUAUUGGGUUCAACCCCGAGAAACACAAGACUGUGUACAAGCUGGGCGUCUUGGCUAAUCGAGGCGUGGAAGCUGCCUACAAAUCUUACAACAGCACCUUUUCUGAUUACUUGACUGCGACAGCGGGCAAGCGGUUUGACCCACCCAUCACUUUCGAAAUGCAGCAUGUUAGUUUUCAAACGAUGUAUGACUACACUGCAUCCAAUGAGAUUGACUUUGCUUUUGUCAACUCAGCGGCGGCUGAGUGUAUUUCAGCCCAAUAUUCAACUCAAUCUCUUGCAACCAUUGUUGGAUCAAAGCUGAAGGACGGCCAACGAUACAACACUUCGACUUUUGGGGGUCUCGUCAUCACUCGAGCAGACAACGGCAAUAUCAACAGGAUUGAAGAUCUGAAAGACAAAGUAAUUGGUGCAAUUUCCAUCUCUGGCUUUGGUGCCGCGCUCAUGCAGUUUUAUGAAAUGGAGAAACGAGGGCUAUCAUAUAUCAAUGAUCCCUCUCAAAUUGUCUUCACAGGGAACCAGAACCUUAUUGUUCUAGGAGUAUUGGAAGGAACCCUAGAUGUUGGUUUCAUUCGGACAGGCCAGCUUGAAAAGUCAAAAGAUCGGGAGGGCGUCAAAAUCGAUCCCUCCUUGCUGAAGAUUAUUGAAGCUCGAGUGGAUGAGGUGGAUGGCGUCCCUUUUCCCUUCCCUCACACAACUCCACUAUAUCCUGAGUGGAACAUUGCCUCAAUGAAAGACACUCCCGAAGAUGUCUCUCGAGAAGUCCAAGCUGCGUUGCUUAGAUUGGCAGAACACGGAAGGACUGGCAAAGCAUUAGAAACGUGUCUACUUUCAAAUGCUACAGGGCUGUGCAGUGACGUCCAUGCUCUGGAUCCUUCGGCUCGAUGUGAUACAACUGUUGAGGUUGCGACUGCAGCAGCACAAGCUCUUGCUGAUGGCGGGUAUUCUCGUUGGCGGAUUGCUUUAUCAAUGAACAAAGUUCGGAAUGUUCUUCAAGAAACGAAGUUCAUUCAAAACGAUCCUGAAUUGGAUCUGUGGCGGUGCAAUCCACCUUCAAAGCUGUACAAUCAGAUUACAUGUCCAGACGGGACCAACAAAGUCUCGGAAACCGAGUUUGAUCUGACCUGUGCACAAGCAGGUUUGGAGUGUCCUGAUGGCUUUGAGUGCUUUUGUCGACCAUGCAUAGCCGAAACGUCGUGUCAUCGGGCUGCCUAUUUUAUCGCUGGCAGAUGUCUUAGCAUCUGGCUACUCAUGGCCGCAAUUCUUGUUCCCAUCUGUCUUAUUGGUUCAAUUGCCAUCUAUCGGUACAUGAAGAGAAAAGAAGAAGAAUCAAAUCGACUUUGGCUCGUUGGAUCAAAUGAACUACACUUCCCUAGCCCCCGAGUCGUCAUCGGGCAUGGGUCUUUCGGUGUUGUGAUGCAAGCAGAAUUCCGUGGUUCGAAAGUAGCUGUGAAACAAGCAUACCGGAAACAAUCGAAUCUUGCCGGCAAGAAGAGCUCUCAAAGUAAGAAAGGUGAGGCAUCUCAAGAAAAAGCGGUACCAACGGUGCCAGAGAGUAUCUCCACUCCUGAUAUCGAACUAGGGCUAUCAGCAAGCAAGGGACCAACAGAAACUGAUAGUAGUGAAGGGAUUGAUGAAGAGGAGGCCCGGGUCGAUUUGUCUAUCGUACAGUCCAUGCAAUUGAAGUGCUUGUCCACAUCUGUUGGAAGUCAUAGCUUGGAAUCCUCUGAUGGGACCUGGCCCACAGCACCAAAAUCAUCCUCGUCUUUUAAGAAAAGCUUUUCGUGGACGAGAGCAGAUUUCAUUGCAGAAAUGAAAACUUUGUCCCAACUCCGACACCCAAAUAUUAUUACAAUCAUGGGUGCUGUCAUCGAAAAGAGAUCUGUACCACAACUUAUCAUGGAAUACAUGGAGCAUGGUUCCCUUUCUGAAGUCUUGCAAAAUCCCACCAUGGCCCUUGAAUCCGAAAUGAUUCUUAGAAUUUUACAGGAUAUCACCCAAGGAGUUCGUUUCUUGCAUUCAUUUGAGCCACAAAUGGUCCAUGGGGACUUGACGUCGGCCAACAUCUUGAUCGACUCGACUUUUCGAGCCAAGGUGUCUGACUUUGGCUUUUCUGAACGAAAGCCUACCAAAGCAACUGGCACUCCACUGUGGAUGGCUCCAGAAUUGUUGACAGGCAAAUCCCUGAACACCACCAAGUCAGACAUGUAUGCAGUGGGCAUCAUUAUUUCAGAAGUUGUAUCAAGGGAAGAGCCAUACCAUGAUGAGACAGAAAACGUUGCUGAGUUGCUUCACGCCAUUGUCGAUCGAAAAGAAAACAAGAGACCUCGCCUUCCUAUAGAUUGUCCUGUGAAAUUGAGGAAGCUAAUCCAGUUUUUGUGGCACCAUGACCCCGAACAAAGACCAACGGCAAGCGCCCUCGACCAUCGCCUGAAAGAGCUGGAUGCUCACAUUUUUGACAAAUGCUCAUUUUCAGCAAAUCGUGUCAGUCGUUCCAAGAUGAUUGAUCCAACCAACGAAGUCGACUUCCUUUACCAAGCGUUUCCAAGACAUGUCGCAGAUGUUCUCAGAGUUGGUGGCAAGGUGGAGCCAGAAAGCCACGAUUGUGUGACUAUUCUCUUCUCCGAUAUCAUCGGCUUUACCACCAUUGCUUCCAAGUUCGAGCCAAUCAAGGUUUCUCAAAUGCUUGAUCGUCUCUAUCUUAAGCUUGACACGUUAAGUCAGAAGCAUGACUUGUUCAAGAUUGAGACGAUUGGAGAUGCAUACAUGUGUGCCGGUAACUUGGCCAAGAACCAGAGCUCAGAUCAUGUGAAGCGAGUAGCCUUGUUUGCCAACGAUGCCAUUCAAGCAGCUUCGGAAACCUUAAUUGAUGAAGACGAUCCUUCGUUGGGAUAUGUGCAUAUCCGUGUCGGGUUCCAUUCAGGCCCAGUAGUGAGCAAUGUUGUUGGAUCAUUGAAUCCACGCUAUGGAGUGUUCGGAGAUACCGUGAAUGUGGCAUCUCGAAUGGAGAGCAACUCUGAGGAUGGCAAAGUGUUGUGCACAAAAGAAAGCGCCCUGUUACUGAUGUCACAGAAAUCGGAUCUUCUAGUUAGAUUACGUGGGGAGACAGCCGUCAAGGGGAGAGGGAAAAUGACUACCUAUUGGAUAGGCUGA